AUGCUCAAUUUGGUAUCUGGCUCUCGCCGCAGGGCGACGUCAAGCGCAAGUGCCCACUCCAACAGGUCGUCUGACGAAAACAACGGACAAGGCGACGAUGAUACCCUCGUUGUCGAGCCCGAUCAGGGCAACGUCCUCAUGCACAUUAUCUCCCAGCUGCGUCCUGGCGCCGACUUGAGCCGAGUCGUCCUCCCAACCUUCAUUCUGGAGCCACGCAGCAUGCUGGAAAGGAUAACAAAAAAGAGUCCCGCUGACGUUGUGUCCAGCUUCAUGUGCCACCCUGAGAUGCUCCUACCCAUCCCCAAUAUUGAGGACCCAACCGAGCGCUUCGUAUCCGUCGUCAAGUUCUACCUGAGUGGCUGGCACAUCCGUCCUCCAGGCGUAAAGAAGCCUCUCAACCCUAUUUUGGGUGAAAUCUUCUCUUGCUACUGGGACUUCCCCGACAACACGCGCGCCUAUUAUAUCUCUGAGCAGACCUCUCACCACCCUCCUAAGUCGAGCUACUUCUACAUGGUCCCGGAAUACAACAUUCGCGUCGAUGGCACGCUCAAACCGCGCAGUCGCUUCCUGGGUAACUCGGCCGCCAGUCUGAUGGAGGGUACCGCGAUCUUGAGCCUUCUGAACCGCGGCAAGGAUGGCAAGCCGGAGAGAUAG